UUCCGUAACCGUAAACGGCAGUGAGUAUCUCCCACGAAAAAUACAAUAGAAAAAAAAAAAAAACAAUUUAUUCCGCAUAUCCGGCGUGUGGAGUUGCUCGAUUGACUCCCCCCGAGUGUUCUGGUUGUUGUGAAAAAAAAUAAUUGCACCCAUUACUGAUAAGAUUAGUCUCAGAAUGACGAAGUGAGUAGCGACCGAGAGAAUCGUGGGUGCAAGUGAAUGAUAAAAACAGAAGUUGUUUUCAAUCGACGUCAGAGAGUAGCACAAAUGGCUGCAAUGGCCACUCGCUCUUUGUAAUCCUCAACUGGACAUUCGAAUAUCAACAGGAGAAUUCCAAAAAAAAAGUCCAUUGACCAUUUGCGGUGUGUAAUGGAAAAAUUGUGCGCGAGUUAUUCGUAGACCCAUUGAUAAUGCUCAACAAGUAAAUAAAUUUGAAAAAAAAAAAUCGGUUGCUCGAGCAACAACGGUGGUAUUGUAGGAUGACGACUGCUUCCUCCGAAGCGUCCCCUCUCCAUUAUUCAUUCCGAAAGACUUAUUGCAUCGUUUUAAUUGAAAUAAUUGUACUACUGAGUCAUUCUCAAUGGGCAAGUGGAAAUCAUGUGGACCCAUUGGGACUCAAUGGAAGAGAGGAUGUCCAGUGUCCAGUGGAAUGUGCAUGCCUGGGUAAUACUGUUGAUUGCAGUGGACUCCAAUUAAUUGCUCCCCCCAGUGGUUUACCACCCUGGACCGAGAUUCUGGAGCUCAAGGAAAACAGUAUAACUAAUUUGGAGUCAUCAGCCUUCCUGCACCUACAAAAAUUACGGGAACUAGACAUAAGCUCCAACAAGCUCCAAAAUAAUUUCACUAUAACACUGCCGGAGUCUUCGCAAUUGACUAGCCUCAAGGUCAAUAAAAAUUCACUGGAGAGAAUACCGGAUCUGUCGUCCCUCGAGAACCUGACUCAUUUGUCACUUUCACAUAACGACAUAAUAUCUGUAGAUGGGUCGGCACUUGAAAAGCUGAAGGACCUUCAGAGUCUCGAUUUAGCAGGAAAUAGAAUAAAGGUGUUGAAGCGAGGCUCAUUUCACGGUGGGAAUCACCUCUCACGAAUAAAUCUGAAUAUUAAUCAGCUGGAGGUGAUCGAAGUCGGUGCCUUUGAUAAUUUAACCCACCUCGAAGAGCUCAGGAUUAACAAGAACAGCCUCACACUCCUCAAUAAAUCCGUAUUCUCAAGCCUGGCCAAUCUAAAAAUUCUGGAAUUAAAUCGAAAUGAAUUGCAACAAAUUCCCGCUCUCUGCCUGCAGAACUUGACAAGUCUCCAGGAGUUGAGACUGAAGAGAAAUAAAAUAGACACGAUCUACGACGGUGCAUUUUGGCAAUUAAAAAGUUUAUUAACCCUACAACUGGACUUCAAUGCCCUGACAGAAGUGCAGAAGGGUGCCCUGUUCGGUCUGGACGGUCUGAGGAAGCUCACGCUAUCCCACAACAGGAUCACAACGAUCGAGCCCCAAGCCUGGGAGAUCUGCAAGGAAAUUCGCGAGCUAGAUCUCUCAAAUAAUAAAUUGGUAUCGAUCGAGCGAGGAACAUUCGAGUACUUGAUGAAUCUGGAACGCCUGAAGAUCGAUCACAACAAGAUCACCUUCAUCUCUGAGGGUGCUUUCGACAAUACCCCCAACCUCCAGAGCCUCGACCUCAGCAACAACAAAAUAUCCGACAUGAUCGAAGACAUAACACGCGUAACAGGUGCCUUCGUCUCCCUCUCUCAGCUGUCUCGUCUCAGUCUCGCCGUCAAUCAGAUAAAAUCGAUAAAUCGAAAUGCAUUCGUGGGAUUGAAGCAGCUCGACGAGCUAGAUUUACUGGGCAAUAACAUAACGAGCAUCGAGGAGAAUGCAUUUACCUCAAUGCCACGUCUCUCAAAAUUAAAAAUGAAUACACUAGCUCUCGUAUGUGACUGCGGAUUGCAGUGGUUGAGUGUGUGGCUCCGAAAUAAUCACUACAACGAUGCCAAAGUUCGAUGUGGCUAUCCCCAUUGGCUGAAGGGUAUGCACUUGACGGAAUUGCAGCACGCCAAUUUCACAUGCACCGAGUUCCCAAAGCCGAGAAUAAUCGAGGAGCCAUCGAGCCAGAUGGGAAUCAAGGGUGACAAUGUCACACUCACCUGCAAAGCCACGAGCUCAGCAGAUACUCCCCUGCACUUUACCUGGAAACACGAGAAUGUCCAAUUGAACGAAAACAGUCCAGUACGCAUUGAGGAUAAUUCUCGCGCCUCAGAGAGUGGAGUCACUGAGGCUGUCUCAGUAUUGCAUUUAAUCAACGUGACUCACGCUAAUGCAGGAAGAUACCAGUGCAUGGUAUCGAAUACAUACGGCACAUCGUACUCGGCAAAAGCUAAAAUAAGCGUAUUGAUUUAUCCAUCAUUUUUGAAAAUUCCCCACGACAUAAAAGUAACUGCCGGUAGUACAGCGAGAUUGGAGUGCUCUGCAGAGGGACAUCCAUCACCCCAGAUUGCCUGGCAGAAAGACGGUGGCAAUGAUUUUCCAGCUGCCAGAGAAAGACGUAUGCACAUGAUGCCAACAGAUCCGGUUUUAUUCAUCGUCGAUGUGAAAAUAGCUGAUGGUGGAAUAUAUUCAUGUACAGCCCAGAAUUUAGCGGGUGUUAUCGUUGCUAAUGCCACAUUGACUAUUCUCGAAACUCCAUCAUUUGUCAAACCGAUGGAGAACAAGGAAAUAGCUGUUGGGGGUUCUGUUGUUAUCGAGUGCAUGGCGAGUGGCUCUCCCAGGCCUAAAUUAUCAUGGAAAAAAAAUGGCAGUCCUCUGCAGGCCACUGUCAGACACUUCUUCACUGCUGAGGAUCAAUUGCUGAUUAUUGUGGGCACUGAGUCGAGUGAUGCUGGGACUUAUGAGUGUGAAAUGAGUAAUUCAUUGGGGAGCGUUGUGGGGGCCUCCAGGCUCACUGUCAAUCCUGCCCCAUCGACGGUUGUCAAUGAGGAUGAUGUACUCGGGCUCAUUAUUAUCACUGUUGUCUGCUGCGCCGUGGGAACUUCCAUUGUCUGGGUUGUUAUUAUUUAUCAGACCAGGCGGCAUUUGAAUGCUUCCCAUGGGAAUGGAGCGGCACCCAUGUCUCCAGCACCUGCUUCAGUCCAGAUUGAUGGAACCACUACACAAUUGUACCUGGAUUCUAGCUCUCAACACAGUAAGGACAGUGGAACUGGGGAUAGCACUAAUCCGAGCAGCGAUCAGCUGCAGCUCUGCUUACCUGAGGAAAUGGGGCCUUGCAUCGUUAAUACUGAAGAGGAACCAGCAGUCAGUGGUGAGGAUCCUCUCCUGCGUUACACAAAUCACCAACGAAAUAAUGAAACCGACAGUGAGGAUAUGGCCUAGAGCCACUGGAUAAGAUGCGGGUAAAAUUACGAAAGACUAAAAAAAGAAUAAUAGUAUUAAUAGAUUUAUCUUUGGUGAUGAUGAUUUUUGGAGAAGAAAAACCUGUACAUGAUUACGUCUUCACUGAUAAUCAAUCAAAUAACUGAUCAGUGGCCUUGUCGUGUCAUCGAUCGCUCAGUAUUAGGUUUAAUUUAAUGUAAAAUAUAAAUAUGCGUAUUCAUGUAUUUUCUGCAUAGCUUGGAGAUACGUCAGGGAGGUAAAGAUUUGAAAUGUGUAAUGUACGUGUAUAUAGAGAUGUUAUAAUAAGGCGUACUAUAAUACUGCGGGAUGGCCUAAUUGUCGAAUUGAGGACUCUAAUAGACAAAAGCCUUUUUUUUGUGAUAGAAUAUUUAUUCUAGGGUCUAAGUCGAUUUCAUGAUUAUUUAAAGUAUUAUUGCAGAUCCAGUGCUGACUUGAGGAAGUCGUUUUGUUUUGAAUUUUUUGUGAAUCACUCUUUAUUCACGUCUUCUGGUGAGAUGACAGAAGGAAAAAUGAACACUCAAAAAUUUUCUAACUAUCCAUAACUCGUUGAAAGGGUAAUUGAAAUUUUAAUGCGAAAAGUUGUUCGAUUUUUUAUGAAUCUAAUGAGAUAUCGACAGUUAUUAAAAUGUCAGAAGUGUCUAUUUUAUCCUCCACUUCCCUGAUGGUCGGUCGUAGUCUUCCUGAUUAAAAAAACAUAAAAUGCCACAUUUUGAGUGCCCAAAUGACAAAUGAAAAAUAAAAAAAGUCAGUUAUUAUUGGUCGGGGACAGUAAAUUGCUCAUACAUCAACACUUUAUUUCUAGUAUUACCGCACUCUUAAUUUUUUUUUUAUUCGAAUACAUAAGGAUAUUGUUUUUUCUUACCUCUUGUUGACAAUUUAGCAAUUUAUCAUUUAUUUUACUGACCCAGUUUUUCCUUAGCGUUUUUAUUGUACAUAAUGUGUAUUUUUCGAUAUUGAGGUUUAAAAGUGUUCCAUUGGAUCAGUAAAUUGGAAAUGCCUUUUCAAUGCCUUCAAGAUACAGGAGUAGUCGAUAAUGAAUUAUUUUCGAAUGAGGAAAAUUUGAAUACUCAGAGUUUCCAAUUGUUCCAUUUACUUUCAACAGAAAAAAUCGUAGAGUUGAAGGAACAACAGGACAAUAUUCACCCCAAUUAUUAAGAGCGACUUAAUGUUUAUACAUAAAUUUUGUGUUUUAUAAAUAUCGAAAGUACUGGAAGUGCGUGGGAGAGGAAUAAUAAAAAUAUUAUUCAAGAUUAAAA